AUGGUGAAGGAGGCAGAGGAUGACAAGAAGGCGAAGGAGAGAAUCGACAAGGACAAGCUUGCAGCCAAACUGGAGGCUGAGGAGAAGGAAAAUAUCCAAGCAGCAACCAAAGAAGCCGAGAACCAUAACUCAAAGAAAGAAGAGUAUGGUGGUGGUGCCUUGGAUGUGGAAAUCAUAUCCAGUGACCAAAGAAACCGUAUUAUAUCUUCAGGGGUUGGUUUCACUGACUCUGAGAGGCUCAUUGGUGAAGCUGCUAAGAAUCAGGCGGGUGAGAUAACAACCAUGGACGUCAAGAGAUUGAUCAGUCAAAAGUUGGAUGACAAACAAGUCCAAAAGGACAGGAAGCUUGUACCUGACCAGACUGUGAACAAAGAUGGAAAGACUUGGGGAUCUCCUUGGGGUGCAUAUCGGUCAAGCUCUGUCGAGCAAAACAUGGAUUUCUCUAAAGAAUCUUCUAGUGACGAAGAAGUUGAGUCUGAAGAUGAAUUAGAUCCUAAAGGAAUUUCGAUGAUAUGCCCAAGAAGAUCUGCCGUUUUGGACUUACUUCCCCUUGAUCUUCGUAUGCGUUUGAUGGAGAAUGUGUCAGAGCCUAUUACCACUAGAUGGGCAAGGCAUGUGUUUGGGUAG